ACUUGCGCAGACAGCUUUCUCUCCUUCAAUCCAUCUCACCUCUUUCGCUAUUUGCUUAUUUUACUUCUUCACGGCUGUCGCUGGUGUGUUCUUGGUUACAUAGCUGUGACGGCCACUCCGUCAUUUCGCUAUGGCACCAACUAUUCCCUCAGCCAAGUUGACUCUGUCUUGUCCCCUCUUCGCGGCCGAUUUCGAUCCGCGCAAUCAUGGCUUUUUGCUCGUGGGAGGCGGUGGAGGUGAAGGACGUAGUGGUGCGCUGUUGGACACUUCAAAACGCAGCGAAAUCUCCGAGGUAGUCGAUAUUGAACUUUCGCGCGACGAGGAUUCGGUUACUUCGCUAGCCGCUGCGCAAGCGAGCGAUGCGUCGGUCAUUGCUCUGGCCGGUAUCAACAGCUCCGUGGCCGAGCAGAAGAGAAACAACAAUCAACAUUUGAGAUCCUUCCAGAUCGACUAUCCCCCGCGAAAAAGAAGAUCGGCGAACACUUCCGGACAAGAGGUAGAGACAGUCAAAGAGCAUCCCCGUCCAGGAAAGUCUACAGCACUUGCGCGCGUAUCAUUGUUCCGGACAAAGGAGUCCAAGGAAUCCAAGGCCGGCUCCGAUACCUAUCAGAGGAUAUUGCGACUAUCCCCAUGGAAAGAUGCAGAUGCUCCCCGAGUAGUCACUCCCACGCCGACCGAGGCUGAUGUCAUUGGGAGGAUUCGCCUGAACAGUGAGGAGGAAGCUGAGGAUGUGGACAUCAUCGAUCUGGAGGACGAUGGGAAAUACAAAGUGGCCUACACAAACGGGAAUGAUGUUUUUAUUUGUGAAAUAUCAUCACAGACAAGGUCAAAUACCUCGCCAGACGUGCGGUGCGUCUACAGCACACCUCUGCCCGAAAAGGGACCGAGGACAAGGCCUAAAUUCCGAGCGCUGCGCUUCCUCUCCCCCACAACGCUGUUGCUUCUGCAGAAUGCACCAAACCGAAGCGGUUGCGAGCUUUUGAUUCUAAAUCUACGGCCGUCUUCGAAAGAUAAGCCUUCCGGGGUCAUUGUAAGGCGCAAGAAGCUGCGCAGAUCAAUCAAGAUUGGGCUAGGUCUGGACACUUGUGGUUUAGGAACGAACCCAGACGGUCAGCAGCAGACUGUUAUUGCGGUGUCUGGUAGCGACCAGUCCAUCGAGGUCUUGACAGUUGAGUUCAGUGCAAGAAAGGGCCACGGCAAACUCCGGUCGUAUACAACCCUACGAGACGUCCACCCGUUCUCGAUGACCAAGAUCUGUUUCUCAAACUUCAUCCCCCCAGCGCACCCCGUCACGCCAGAGACCCCUCCUCAAUACGUCAAGCUGGCCUCGAUCAGCAUGGGCAACACGGUCGUCGUGCACACCUUCCCGCUCGCCCCAUCACCGCCCUCCAGCCGCACCCCGCGGUACGUCCUGGUCAUGCCCGGCGAGUCGGAGAUCUGGACCAACUUCGCCAGCGGCUUUGCCGCCCUGCUCUCCAUUAUCACCGUCUGCGUCCUCCUCCAGGCCUUCACGGAGAUCAGAGGUCUCAUGCCCCCGUACCUGGGGGCCUCCGAGUGGCUUCCCCCGGAUAUCCGCGCGGCCAUUGCGCGCCCGUACCACCCCCUCCCGCCUCACCCUCUCCCAACCGCAUCCGCGCUCUCGGCCCUCACCGAUUCCCCGAAGCAGACCCUCCGAGAUAUCCUUCAUGCCCGUCACGCAGCCGGCGCCAACGAUCCCGAUGCAGCCCCGGACGCUGACGCAACAACCCCAGCUAACUCCGUCUUGGUCCGAUGUCUCCCUGAGUCCAACAACAUCUACAUCGAGAGCUUCGACACUCACUCCUCCCGCUCGUCCUCGUCAACUCCUGAAGAGGUAGAAGAGCAGCCAUCCCGAUCCUGGGAUGACCUCAAUGAGGAGGAGCGUUCUGCCUGGAAGCAACGCUUGAUCGAUGCCGGGUACUGGGCUCUCGAAGAGGGGGAGACGAUCCUCCAAGGUGUAUUGUUCGGCGAAUGUUCCGCCUUUCUGGGAAGCCAAGUGCAAGCUAAGCUUCAGUCUUAGGGGGGGGAUGAAUAUCAAGAGAUUGAUGAUCGUAUUUGGCAUGGCGCAAGAUCAUGAGCUGUGACAUCACGUAUAGUAUGAAAUGUUCGAGUUUGACACAUGACUACAAAUAUAUAUAGACCACUUGGAUGGUUGAAUCCUAACGCACAAAAAUUGCUAUAGAAAUUGGGCAGUACCUAUUUCAAUUCCUGCCAUUCAGCCAGGAAAUUCUCCCGCAAGUGUCGUGGUUUGAUGUGACACUCGUUAUUACGAAAUGCAUACUAUGUCCAUCUGUGGACUUCUUACUCUCCGAGAGAACU